AUGUGGCAUGAGGCUCGUCGUCAGGAGAAGAUCAUGCGGGCAAGGAUCGUUGACUGCUCGGAAAGAGUCGAGAAGCGUAGGAGAUUCUACGAUAGCGUGCGUAAAGAUCCAAAACAGUUUAUGCAACUGCAUGGCCGCAAGUGUAUAAUACACAUUGAUAGAAGUAUCGCAAAAGCUGCAGAGCACAAGAAUAUAUUACGAAAGUGGCAGGGUGACCCUACUGUACUAAUAGAUCGCUUUGAUGUACGGGCUCAUCUUGAUUUCAUCUCGCCUGUAAAGAAGAAAAGUGUCGAGCCGGACAGUGAGGAUGAGAAACAAGAACUAAUAUGUGAUUUCGAACGGUUCAGAGUGUUAAUAAUUAAUGAAUUUCGCUACGUCUCAGAGAAGGACUACUUGCGUAAAAUAGCGGAGAAGGAGUUUUGGAGAAUUCCUAAGGAUGAACAGCUCAAGUCAGAACAUAACAACUUCUGUUUUUAA